AUGCUGGGCGGGCUGGGAGGCGGAAGGAGCGUGUCGUGGAGGGGGGCACAGGGUAGGUUUGUGGCAGGCGGUGUGUGCUGCUGGGCGCUGCGCUCGUUUAAAGCAUCUGCUGGCCUUCUCGCAGGUCUCCAUGCCUCAGAAGAAACGGAGGAGUGGGAGAUUGUCUUCCCUGCGCUGUGGAGCAGGGGCCAGCAGGAGCCGGCGGGGGGAGGCGGUGGCGGGGGCUGCAGCGCCGACCCCAGCUGUGGGAACCGGAGCAGUCCCCUCAGCGCCCCGGUCACACCUAGCCCGGUGGCCGGCAGUUCCCGGGAGGUGCGUUCCGUCUCCUCCUCGGUGGAGGGGCAGGCGCAGGCUGUGGGAGAGGCGGCAGAGGAAGAGGACACUGAGGACGAGUAUGAGUCUCUGGAGUUUUACCACUGGUCCCCUCAGCCCCAGGGGUCUGGUGCUGCCUCUCAGUUGCCACCACCACCAUCCCCACCGCUGCCACCUCCAGCAGAGGAUGGAGAUGAGGUGCUGCUGAGGAUCCCGGCUUUUGCUCGGGAGCUCUACCUGCUGCUCAAGAGGGACAGCCGCUUCCUGGCUCCUGGCUUUGCCGUGGAGGAUCGGCUCAGGGGUGAGGGCAAAAGCCCACCUGGUGCUGCACAGUCGCAACCUGAGAGAGCUUGUUACUACAGUGGUGCUGUUCUCCGCUACCCAGGCUCCUUCGCCUCCUUCAGUACCUGUGGUGGAUUGAUGGGAUUUAUACAGAUUAAUGAGGACUUCAUAUUUAUUGAGCCACUCAAUCGCACUUUGGCUGUGACAGGUCAUGCACACAGGGUGUACAGACGAAAAAGGUCCAUAGAGGAGAAAAUUACUGAAAAGCCAGCUUCUCAGAAUCAGUACUGUGGUGUCGUUACAGAUAAAAGAAAAUCCAAGAAUCAAAAAGUAUCAGAAAGUGGAAGAGGAAAACGAUACUCUUACAAGUUACCUCAGGAGUACAAUAUAGAAACUGUUGUGGUGGCAGAUCCAGCUAUGGUUUCGUAUCAUGGAACAGAUGCUGCCAGAAGAUUUAUUCUAACCAUCUUAAACAUGGUUUUUAACCUUUUCCAGCACAAGAGCCUUGGACUACAAGUGAAUCUUCGGGUGACUAAGCUUGUCCUACUUCAUGAGACUCCAGCAGAUAUGUAUAUUGGACAUCAUGGGGAAAAAAUGCUGGAAAGCUUUUGUAGAUGGCAACAUGAAGAAUUUGGCAAGAAGAAUGAUAUACACUUAGAAAUGUCAACAAGCUGGGGAGAAGACAUGUCUUCAGUUGAUGCAGCCAUACUGAUCACAAG